UGCCGGGCCCCGGGGGCGGGCGGGCGGGGGACAAGGGGCUGGCGCGGUCGCGUGCCCUGCCGCCGCCAUGGGGGUGCAGCCCCCCAACUUUUCGUGGGUGCUCCCGGGCCGACUGGCGGGUCUGGCGCUGCCGCGGCUGCCCGCUCACUACCAGUUCCUGCUGGACCGGGGCGUGCGUCACUUGGUGUCCCUGACGGAGCGCGGGCCCCCGCACAGCGACACCUGCCCCGGCCUCACGCUGCACCGGCUGCGCAUCCCGGACUUCUGUCCACCGGCCCCCGAGCAGAUCGACCGCUUCGUGCGGAUAGUGGACGAGGCCAACGCGCGCGGGGAGGCUGUGGGAGUGCACUGUGCCCUGGGCUUUGGCCGCACUGGCACCAUGCUGGCCUGUUACCUGGUGAAAGAGAGGGGCCUGGCCGCGGGAGAUGCCAUUGCUGAACUCCGGCGCCUUCGACCCGGCUCCAUCGAGACCUACGAACAGGAGAAAGCCGUCUUCCAGUUCUACCAGCGGACUAAAUAAGGGCCCCCAGCA